AACAGGUUUCUUUCUUUUAUUAACAUAUGAAAAUUCAAGGUCAGGUUGCUUUUCAGCACACAUACUCUUUCACACAAAUGCGUCGCUCUGAUGGGUAUCUCUCUCCCCCUCCUCUGGCGUCAGCUCCUCUUUUAUCGCUCUUCCAGGAUUACUGCAACAAGAAACUAUAUUAUUAACAAAAUUAUCACCCAGGGAUGAAGCCUUACUGCUUUCCCUCUCCCCAGAUGAACACUCAAACACGCCCUCUUCGCCACAUACCCCCACCGUCCGACUCGUGCCAGUGAGCCAUCCGGCCUGCCUACCACUCCCCCCAUUUCUGGAGAGGAAAUCUGCGACCCUUCUGCGACCCCGGCCUGUGGACCACCUCAAACUUAAAAGGCUGUAACGCCAGAUACCAACGGGUGAUCCACGCGUUAGCAUCCUUCAUGCGGUGGAGACAAUGGAGUGGGGCGUGAUCCGAACAGAGGGUGAAGGCCCGCCCCAACAGGUAGUAUCGGAGAGUGAGGAUGGCCCACUUGAUGGACAAGCACUCCUUCUCAAUAGUGCUGUUUUUAGUCUCUCUCAAGGAGAGCUUCCAACUAAUGUACAGCACUGGCCGUUCCUCCCCCUCCACCACCUGCGAGAGCACUGCCCCCAACCCGCUGUCCGAUGUGUCUGUCUGUAAAAUAAUAGGGAGAGAGAAGUCAGGUGCAUGUAAAAGUGGUCCACCACAAAGUGCAGCUUUCACCUGCAUAAAUACCUGUUGGCACUGCUCCGUCCACUGGACCGGAUCUGGUGCUGCCUUUUUAGUAAAAUCAGUCAGCGAGCUGGUGACUGCCAAAUAAUUAGGUACAAACCUACGAUAGUAGCCAGCCAGCCCCAGGAAAAGUCUCACCUCCUUUUUGGUCUUAGGUCUCGGGCAGGUUGCAAUCACUGAGGUUUUAUCUAUUUGGGGCCGCACCUGUCUGUGACCCAAAUGGAAGCCGAGCUACCGUACUCCACCCGCCCAAUUGUGCACUUUUUUGGGUUUGCUGUGAGCCCUGCUUGCCUCAACGACCUUAGGACAGUCCUCAGAUGCUGCAUGAGCCGCUGCCAGUCAUUACUGUAAAUAAUGAUAUCGUUUAAAUAGGCAGCAGUGUGAGCGUGCGGUCUGAGAAUUCUGUCCAUGAGCUGCUGGAACGUAGCUGGGCCCCCGAACAAACCGAACGGAAGCAUCAGGAAUUGGUGUAAUCCGAACGGUGUGGAGAAGGCUGUUUUUUUCACAGGACAUUGGUGUUAAGGGGAUCUGCUAAUAUCCCUUCGUCAAAUCCAGUGUUGAAUAAAAUCGAGCUGUGCCUAACCGAUCGAGCAGUUCAUCAAUACGAGGCACUGGGUAUGCAUCAAAUUUAGACACCGUGUUUACUUUUCGAUAAUCCACACAGAACCAGACUGACCUGUCGCUCUUAGGGACCAGCCCAACCGGGCUGGACCAUUCACUGUGGGAUUCCUCUAUUACUCCCAUCUCGAGCAUAGCAGACAAUUCUUCCCGUGCCACUUAUUUUGUGUUCAGGAAGCCGGUAGGGAUGACUAUAUACUACUACCCCCGGGGUGGUCUCAAUGUGGUGCUCUGAGAUUCGUACGAUCGUGCAGAGGCGAGAAUGCGUCAAAUUCUUUUUGCAACUUGGCCACCUCCGUGAUUUGAGAUGGCGAGAGGUGGUCUCCAUAAGGGACGACUAGUAGGGUGAUUCAGCUAGUGAUUUUGGACCUCACCUCUGGCCCAAGAUCCUCCCUCUCCGGAACUACCAUCGCCAACAUCACGGGUACCAUCUCCCUCCAGACUUUCAGAAGGUUAAGAUGGUAUAUCUGAUGUACAUCACCUCUAUCCAUUCGCUUCACCUCAUAAUUGAGAUCUCCUAUUCGACGUGUGACCUCAAAGGGCCCUUGCCACUUGGCGAGUAAUUUAAAGUUUGAUGUUGGGAGUAAUACAAGCACUUUAUCUCCCGGUGCAAAUUCUCAUAGCCAAGUGCCCCUCUUAUAUAUCCGGCUUUGACGUUCUUGAGCCUGGAGCAAAUUCCUCUGUGUAAGCUGCCCCAAAGUGUGGAGAUUUGCUCUAAGCUCAAGAACGUGCUGAAUUUCAUUUUUACUCUUCGAAUGCCCCUCCCCCAAGCUUUCCGCCGGACGUCAAGCAUGCCACGUGGUUGACAUACAUACAGAAGCUCGAAUGGGGAAAACCCUGUUGAGGCUUGCGGAACCUCUUGGACUGCAAAUAAUAGGGGUUAGAGCCACUUAUCCCAAUUCUUAGCAUCCUCGUGCACAAAUUAUGAAUCAUGUUUUUCAGCAUUUUAUUAAAUCGUUCGAUCAGCCCAUCCGUCUGUGGAUGGUAAACGCUGGUGCGGACCAAUUUAAUCCCCAAUAAUUUGUAUAGUUUGCGUAGUGUGUGUGUGUGACAAAAGUAGUGCCUUGAUCAGUGAGGAUUUCUUUCGGAAUCCCCACUCAGGAGAUAAUUUUGAAGAGUGCCUCCGCAACACUACGUGCUGAGAUGUUGCGCAGAGGCACUGCUUCCGGGUAUCGCGUUGCGUAAUUCACCAGACCUAACACAAAGCAAUGCCCGCGUGCCAUCUGUUCUAAAGGCCCGACGAGGUCCCUCAAAGGGGACCUCAAUUAACGACAGAGGGCACAAUGGUGCUUUUGGGGUGGUGAGUGGAUUCACCAGCUGACAUUUCAUGGAAUGACGCACACCACCUGCGGACAUCCCCACGAAUGCCCGUCCAAUAGAAAUGGGCUUUUACUAUUAGUCAGUUCAGUGUUUUAUCCUGCAAUCGGAUUAUGAGCCCCCUGGAAUAACAUUUCCAGAUGGCUCUUUGGUACUAACAUCUGGGUUGUAAUCGCCUUCGUCUGAGCGUCCUGCAUCACUCGAUACAACCGAUCUUUUAUCACUGCAAUAUACGGGUAUGAGAGUGCCAUAUCUGGCCGGAGUUGCUGGCCAUCAAUAGUUUUCACUUGUUCAAAGGCGUGCUUAAGGGUUUCGUCUCGUGACUGCUCCAGCAGGAAAUCCCUUUCGGGAAAUCCUCUAAGGAUGGGAGGAGCCAAACCCUCCCUGCCACUUACGAUCCUUCGCCAGCAGCCACUUCAGGUUAGCUGUAGGCAGAUGUUGGGCCAUGAACUGUGCUUCUCCGGACAACAGCUGAAGGAAGCGGGCCGUCCACUGAGACUUUGGCCAUUUCCACACCUUCGCCGUCUGCUCAAACAGUACUAUGAACACCUCCGGUUCGUUCUGCAGGCCCAUUUUCAUGACGAUGAUCGAAGGCAUGGAAGUUGCUGGGUCGGGGGUCGCGGCUGGGCCUUCCCCCUGGUGUAGCAAGCUCCGGAGUGCCUGCCGGUCCUCCACUUGAGCUCGGAAAAUCGACUGGAAAUGCUGAUCCUGGUCUCGAUGUAACUCGAGCAGGUCCUGGUGUUGAGCCUGAUGCAUGCUGGCAAGGGAUUGGAUGACUUCAGCCAAUGGUGAAGACUCCAUGAUGGCAUACUGGCUUCCUCAAAGUCCUGAGUUUCGGCACCAUUGUAACGGGUCUGGACGGUGUAGGACAGAGGAAACGGGGGUCAGGUAACAGGUUUCUUUCACUCUAUUAACACACGAAAACUCAAGGUCAGGUUGCUUUUCAGCACACACACUCUUUUCACACAAACGCUUCGCUCUGCUGGGUAUCUCACUCCUCCUCCUCUGGCGUCGGCUCCUCUUUUAUUGCUCUUCCAGGAUUACUGCAACAAGAAACAGCUGUUAGCCAUUAUGAUCACCCAGGGGUGAACCCUUACUGCUUUCCCUCUCCCCAGAUCAACUAUGCCUUCGCCGCUACAGCGUUAUAACAACACAGGGGCGAAGGCAUCAGAUGAAUGCCGCUUCCCUGCCGGAGUCUGUGCUCUGCCCCUUCUGUUUCCAGUGGCGACAACCAGACAAUCAUCGGGUACGUCUGCGGCCCAAACGGAAGCCCACGGCGAGGAUAAGAAGACUUCUGAGGAGGGAUGCAGCAGGAAAGAGACUCAACAUAGCACAAGCUGAAAUCCUUCAGAAGUUUAAACGGGCCACCAAUGCUCUGAUGGUCACGUGUCACACCUGUAGUAAGACGUCCAGAAAACCUGGAAUGAACAGGGAAUUUUUGACUACUCAGUCAAGGUACUGCAGCACCCCCGGGAGUGUGGGCAAAUUCAGGACUCCACAGUCUGCUAACAGGGCCACUCCAAAAUCUUCAUUGGACAGAACACCAAGUGGGAGGCGAAGGUCAGUGACCUCAAACACCAACUCGUCGUCUUCAAAGUCAGGUAGUGCAAAGUCAUCACCUUUUGCCCGCCUUAAGAAGCUACUUAUGCUGGAAGACAAACAGCAGAGCAAGAAAGGUGGUCUGAAGGACUUCCUGUCUUCCCUCUGAACAUCUUUGAAGGUCUUAAGGGCAGCUGAAUCCUUUGCCGAUAAGCUCUGGCCCACUUUGAGUGAUGCUACUGAAAUUCAGAGUGUCAAGCUUGAAACGGAUGGCGAUGGUUUCUCCUUGUGUAUUACAGGGCCAUCUAGUGGAGGACUCUAAAAGGGUGGUUUAUAGAGCUUGGGCAGUAACGCCUUCAUAGCGGGUUCUGUAGAUUAAAUGGCAUGACUUCCUCUGGAUCCUUGUGGACAUUAUAUGUGGUAUUUUAUAGGACAGUGUCACGUUUAAGGCUGUCACAUAUGCUACAGAACCAUGCUUUUCUUUUUUUGGCAUUUAUUUUCAUUAUGUUGCAUACUUGCCAUUUUCCAUAAGAACAAACUGUUUUUUUAUCUGUUGUGAUAUGUUAAUUUUGUACACUUAAAAUUCACACAUUUGUAUUUACAUCACUGCUUCAAUUUUGUAAGGAAGGAGGGAUUGUCUUUACUCUGGCUCACACACUGAAAAUCGUUUUAUAUUCCUACAAGAGUUGAGCUGGGUUUUCUGUUUGUUAACAUUUUGAUGGUUUAAUGGCUGUCAAACUAUAUAGCAAAGACCAAAGCUAUAUAGUCUUAAUUCACAGUAGUGCCAUAUUUUUAACGGGAAUGAAAAUGAGGCUGUGAGGGAUAAACUUGCUGUCUGUACAACUUGAGUUGGACUGUUGUUUAAAGUGGUGUUAAUUGUUCAAAUGAUGAAACAUUGCAAAUACACCCUUCCAAAAAAAAAUUCAGUAGACAUAAAACUGCUGAAAACACAAGUCGGAAAAAUUUAGAUGUGAUCAGUGAGCUUUAUACAAUUAAUGCCGCACAGCCUCGUUUUCAUUCUUGUCAAACAUAAAAUAUGGCGCUACUGUGAAUAAGGUCUAUGGAUUACUCUUAUGUUAUAGAAACUUGCCUCAGCACAGUGCAAUUAAAAUGGAAGAUGCUUUUGUCUUGUAUGAUGAUUCUUCACGUAGUGCGUAUUUUGCAAUAAAAAUAAGUUUUUCCUAUUUAA